UAAACUACCCAAAUUAUCAACUCAACUUGCUCAUUCUUUUCCCUCUUUUUUAGUCCAAAUUAUUAUUCCCCACCACCCCUUUUAUUAUCUCUCUCUGUCUUUUAUUUCAGGCGCCAAGCUACUAUUAUUACUAUGUCUCCAGCAAUAGCAAUGCCCAAGACUACUGCUGCCACUCAUGAUGAUGAUGAAGUGGGAGAACAACGAUCACUAAAGUACUACCAGAAAGGAGUGAAGCAUCUCUACGAAAGUGGCAUAACUAAAGUACCUCACAAGUACAUUUUACCACUUGAAGAACGACCCAACAUUUUCACACACAAAAAUCAUCAUAAUCAACCAAUUACAAGUACUCCAACUCCAACUACUACUACUUCUCCCAAAGACACUAAGAAUCUUAUUAAGUUGCCUGUCAUUGAUUUCUCUGAACUUAUGGAAAGUUCCAAGAGACCCCAAGUCCUUAAAUCCCUCGAAAACGCUUGUCAACAAUAUGGUUUCUUUCAGGUUGUAAACCAUAACAUUCCAAAAGAAGUGAUUAGAGAAAUGAUGGAAGUAAGCACAAAAUUCUUUGAGCUUCCACAUGAGGAGAGAGCUAAGUACAUGUCCUCUGAUAUGAAAGCUAAAGUGCGAUAUGGAACAAGCUUUAACCAAACUAAAGACAAAGUCUUUUGUUGGAGGGAUUUUCUCAAGCUUGUUUGCAAUCCCAUAUCUGAUGUUCUUCCUCACUGGCCUUCUUCACCAGUAGACUUUAGAAAUUUGGCGGCUACCUACGCAAAAGAAACCAAAAGCUUAUUCCUAAUAUUAAUGGAGGCAAUUGUGGAAAGCUUAGGAAUUGUGGGAACCACCACAACCAAUGAAACUACAAAAGAUGAUGAUGAAUUAUUAUUACAUAAUGAUAUUGAUGAUAUGUACAAUAACAAGAAGAAAGAACAAGAAAUAGAAAAGGACAAGAAGGACAUCAUGGAGAAAUUUAAAGAUGGAAGCCAGCUAAUGGUUGUGAAUUGCUAUCCACCUUGUCCACAACCUGAUCUAACCCUAGGAAUGCCUCCACACUCCGACUAUGGUUUUCUCACUCUUUUGCUUCAAGAUAAAGUUGAAGGCCUUCAAGUUCACUUCAAAGAUCAAUGGCUCACCGUUGAUCCAAUCCCUGGCUCUUUCGUUGUCAACGUAGGCGAUCAUCUUGAGAUAUUUAGCAAUGGAAAAUACAAGAGUGUUCUUCAUAGGGUUCUUGUAAACUCAAUGAGAGGUAGGAUUUCAGUAGCAUCAUUGCACAGUCUCUCAUUCAUGGACAUGGUUUCACCUUCACCAAAACUCAUCAAUGAGACCAGUCCAAAGCGUUAUAAAGACACUGAUUUUUCAAGCUUCAUGGAGUACAUUUCUUCUCGUGAGCCUAAGAAGAAAAAUUUCCUCGAGUCUAGGAAAAUUGACUUGAUGAAUUUUGGAAUAAGAGAAAAUAUUAUUAAUAACAAUAAUCAUAAUGAUGAUGAUGACGAUGAAUUAAUUGAUAUUAAUCAAUCAAGGUAGUAAGACAUAUAUAAAAAAUAUUAAUAAUAUGAACGCAUGGGAGUUGACUUUUUUUUGUACGUACCAAAAUUGUAACACAUUAUUAAAUUAGUUGGAUUAAAUAUUUCCUCUUUUGUUUGGGGCCGGGGUUUUUAGAAUGAAAUAGCUGGAGAUAUUGCAAAGGCUAAUUAAUGAGUCAAAGCCUAUAAAAACCUCAGCUACUCUUCUAUUAAACGAAGACUUUGGCAGUCGUGUAAUUAAUAAAGGCAAAAAAUAUACUUUGAAGCAAAAUAUCUAGAUUGCAUUAUUAG